AGAGCAAACGAGUAAUGGCUGAAAAAACCGAUUUCCAAAAGAGAGUGCUGCAAAUCGGCAUCAAUGGAAUGAUUUCGGCUAGCAUAGCCGUCGGUAAUCGACUGCACCUUUUCGAAGCGCUUGCUAAGGUGGGAAGCGAAGAGAAGCCAGCAACUGCUGCUGAGGUGGCUCAGGAGAGCGGAUGUAAGGAAAGAUAUGUCAAGGAGUGGCUCGCAGUAAUGGCCACAGCUGAUAUCAUAUCUGUCACGGAAGACGAAAAGUUCUUCAUCAAAAAGGAGAACAUUGAGGAAUUGCUAUCCAGUUUUAAUGUUUUGAUAAACUCUUUUCUGCCAAAUUUUCUGAAGCCAUACGAUAAGCUUUGCAAUGCAUUCAAAAAGGAUGGACCGUACGGGCUCAACCACACGGACUAUUCCCCAGAAUUUCCUGAAAUAAUGGCCAACUUUAGUGAGGCAAAGCAUAAGCAGCACCUUAUCUCAGACUUCAUUCCUGCCAUCGGAGUGGGUGUUAAGGAAAAGUUAGAAAAAGGUGACAUGACUUGCUUGGAUAUAGGCUGCGGCAAGGGAUUCCACUGUACCCUUCUGGCUGACACAUACCCAAAUUCGAACUUUACUGGAAUCGAUAUAUCACAAACAGCCAUUGAUCUUGCUAAUCAGCAACGGAAGAACACUGGUGAGCCUUACGAUAACUUGAAAUUCUUGCAAAUGGACGGCGGCAAGUUGGAUGAAGAUUGGACCGAAAAAUUCGAUCUUGUUACCAUUUUUGACGCCUGUCAUGGUCAGCUAAGACCAGAUCUGUGCCUGAAAGGGGUGUAUCGUGUACUCAAGCCAUCGGGAGUGUUUGCUAUGCUGGAGAUUUAUGGCACUUCCAAUAUCUACAAAGAUAAAGAAGAACUGGGACAGAUGGCAGCGAUGAGAUAUGCUGGCUCAAUGUUUGGUUGUCUGGCAAUGGGCAGCAACUCUGAAGAUGCUUUGGCCCUCGGUACGAUGUGGGGCAAGGAGCGAGCUACGAAAUUGCUGAAAGAAGCCGGAUUCAAUAAUGUUACCCUGGUUCCUACUCCCUAUUUUGAGGGACAGAUUCUUUACGUAUGCGUAAAGCAUUGAACGUAAACUGUGAACUGUAGAAUAUACGAAGAAUGCUGCCAUCAACAUUCCGUUGACCAUAUAACUCUUAUUCAUCUUAUAGGCGGAUGUUUGCUUUCAGUUGUUUAUGCUUAAUAAAUAGGAG